CUCAAAAUGGCGGAUUUUCAGAAAAACGGCUCGGAGCUCUGAGGCAGAAAACUAAUCCUAAAAUACUCCUAAUAUUCCUUCUGUACAGUCAGGAUUCAGCCUCAGAAAUAUAAACCCGCUCUGUGUGUCUCAGUUUACUGGUUUUAUUUUUUAAUAGAGACUGAUUCACUCCAGAAUAUCAGCUUUGUUCUCAAAAGAGCAGCGAGAUGGCGGAGGAGCGCAGGCAGAAGGCGUGUUCAGUGCUCUUCUCCACCGAGUCGAUGAAGGUGAUGGCGGAGUGUGUUGGCGUGUCCCAGCUGCAGGAGGAGAGCUGUGUGGCCCUGAGUGAGGAGAUCAGCUACAGGAUCAAGGAGAUCACACAGGAUGCAAUAAAGUUCAUGCACCACGGCAAACGACGAAAACUGACAACAAGUGACAUUGACCACGCCCUCAAACUGAAGAAUGUGGAGCCUCUGUACGGCUUUCAGACACAGGAGUUUAUUCCGUUCCGCUUUGCGAGCGGUGGAGGACGUGAGCUUCACUUUUACGAGGAGAAGGAGGUGGACCUUAGUGACAUCAUCAACACACCGCUUCCCCGUGUGCCCCUCGACGUCUCACUCAAGGCUCACUGGUUGAGUAUUGAUGGUGUCCAGCCUGCAAUCCCAGAGAACCCGCCUCCAGUUCCUAAGGAGCAGCAGAAGUCUGAGGCAUCGGAGCCCCUGAAGGCGGCUAAACCCGGACAGGAGACCGAUGGCUCCAUCCAGGGUAAAGCUCAGGGAGCCUCCUCCGCAGAGGUUAAAGGAAAGGAGAAGUUGCGCCUGAAGCCCCGCAGCACACACGAGCUCUCUGUGGAGCAGCAGCUCUACUACAAGGAGAUCACUGAGGCCUGUGUGGGGUCGUGUGAGGCCAAGAGAGCCGAGGCGCUGCAGAGUAUAGCCACUGACCCGGGUCUGUACCAGAUGCUGCCCCGUUUCAGCACCUUCAUCUCUGAGGGGGUUCGUGUGAAUGUGGUACAGAAUAACUUGGCGUUGUUGAUUUACCUGAUGAGGAUGAUGAAGGCGCUGAUGGAUAACCCCACCCUCUACCUGGAGAAAUACCUGCACGAGCUCAUCCCCGCAGUUAUGACGUGUAUUGUGAGUAAACAGCUGUGUCUCAGGCCAGAUGUGGAUAACCACUGGGCUCUCAGGGACUUCGCGGCUCGUCUCAUGGCUCAGAGCUGCAAAACCUUCAGCACCACCACCAACAACAUCCAGUCUCGCAUCACCAAGACCUUCACUAAGUCCUGGUUGGAUGAGAAGACCCAGUGGACGACUCGGUACGGGUGUAUUGCUGGUCUCUCCGAGCUCGGCCCUGAUGUGAUAAAGACACUGAUCAUCCCUCGGUUGUCAGUGGAAGGUGCUCGGAUUAAGGCGGUGAUGGAGGGACCCGUCCUGUCCAACAUCGAUAAGAUCGGCGCUGAUCACGUGCAGAGUUUACUGCUGAAGCACUGUGCAAGUGUGAUCUGUAAGCUGCGUUCAGUUCCUGAUGUAGUGGAUCAGUACCGAGCUGAUUACGGGUAUCUGGGCCCAAUGCUGUGUUCACACGUCAUUAAAGCUCGAGCGCAGAACGCCUUGCAGAGUCAGACUGUGAACAGAACCACGCUGACCAUCACUCAGUCCAGACCGUCGCUGUCUGUCUCUCAGAGCAGUGUGAGCGGGUCUCGGACCCCCAGCAUCAUCAAAGUUCCCAGCUCUCUCACACUGAUGUCGACUCGGCCGGCCACACCCACACAGCCAUCGCCCCCGGCAACCAAAUACAUCGUCAUGGGCACCAGUGCAGGCCCCGCCUCCACGCAGCAGGUGAUUACACUAAGCUCCUCCCAGUCCAGCUCCCCUGUGACCAGCACAGUUCCCAGUGGCUCUGCCCCCCUGCAGCCGCUCGUUAAGCUGGAGCCAGGGGUCACCGGGUCAGUCUCAGGGUCACGACCUGUACAGAAGUACAUAGUGGUGUCUUUACCUUCAUCGUCAUCAUCAUCAUCACUGGAGAAGAGCAGCACAUCACCAAUCAGCACCGAGUGCAAACCUGAACACACAGACACACACAUGACUGGCUGAACACACACACACACACACACACACACACAAAGACGGAAGCAACACAAUAUCAGCUAACACCCACACACACACAGGAUGGGCUGGAGGCGCACACACAAAAUCUGGGCUGAAUGCCUAUACACACACACACACAAAGAAAAACACAAUAUCAGCUGAACACAUAACACACACUCUUACACACACUGUGGGCUGUACACACACACACACACACACACACACAUCCGCUGGACUGACCAGGACAAGGUGGAGUUUCUGUGAACUGUAAAGCUAUGGGACUGACACUGUGCUCGAGUGUGUGUGUGUGUGUGUGUGUGUGUGUGUGUGUGUGUGAAGGUUAAAGGUUUGAUGUAAAUGCCUGCUUUCAUGUUUCAGCUUGGGUUUUAUAUCCUGUAAUAAAUGUGGCUUUUUAAUUCA